ACAGUUAUAUCAAUUGCGGGUGGUACACGUCACGCCCAUGAGGCGGUUCACGAUCGCACGUGUGGUUCGUGCGGAAACCUAUCGAGAAAUCUCUAUAUAAGCUCCGUUUCAUUUCUCGAUUAUGCAUCCCUGAAAAUCCUCUUAUUAAAGAAGACGAUAAUAUUCUUCCAUCUCAAUUCAUCUCUCUUCUUGCUUUCUCUCUCUUCUUCUUCCUUUCGUUCUGGCUUUUACGUUUCUUCACAGAAGAGAUGGCCACCGUAAUUCUUCCGCCGCAGGACUGCCUUGGGAACGGGCUUCGCCGCCAAGGUCUGGUUCUCUCCGCUCCAUUAAAAUCGCGGCGAAAUUCUAAACCUAACCCUAGUUCUUCCACCAACCCUAACUUUAACCACGACGUGUCUUCCGGCCGGCGACGGAGGAGCCCGGCGGUAGGAGUUAAGUCUAAUCGUCAAGCCAACAGAGGUCGGAGUCGGUCGGGAGAGCCGUCCACGGCGCCGUCGGCGGCGGCAAAGGUUUCACCUAAGGCUCUGGUUAUGGGCCAGGUCAAGAUCCUGAAGCGUGGGGAGAUGUUGACUCCGGAUCGAGGAGUUGGUGGUGUUGAUUGUGGCAAGCGGAGGUUGGAAUUGAAGGCCGACGAUAUGGAUUUGGGUUUAGGAUCCACUGAUCGGUUGGGUCCAGACCCGGAUUUGAUGCAGAAGCAGGUUGUGUUUUCGGAAUUGAAGGUUGCCGAUGGGAUCUAUGCUGGAUCGGGCGCUUUCUUUGCCUCACCGCCACCGAGUUCGGUACCGUUGCCGUCGUUUUUAGGCAACAACGGCACCGCAACAAGCGACCUGCGGCGGUUGCUGCGACUUGAUUUGGACUGAUCACGUCGAGCAAAAGAAGUGAACAAUCCAAAAUGGUCUUGGACGGUCGGGGGCUGGGUUUGAUUACUCCAGAAUUCAGUGAUGACAGAAUAUGAUGUGUUCUUACUUUCGAUGGUGAUUGUUCGGUUUUACCUCAGCAUCUCCCUUUAUUUUUUCAACAGGGAGAUGUCUGAGUUGCGAGCAGAUGAACUGGCUGAAGUGAAGCAACAUGGCAGUUCUUCUAGGUUUCUGUUACUCAGAUCGAUUAGGGUUCUUAGGUGGAUUUGAUUUUCUUUCUCAUAGAACAACAUAGCUCUACUUUACAUCUCUCUGAGCGUUUCGUUAUAGUGGGUCUUUGUUGGUGACUUGGUGUGGGUUUUCUUAGAAGCUAAUGGGAUUUUAAGUUUGGUGUGGGUUUUCCUAUAGGAGUUUCUUAGAUAUAUGCUUUGAACUAAGCUAGGUUUCGAAGAAUUUGAAGUUGCGUAUCUUUGCUUUGUUUCUCCAGACAGAUUUCAAUGUAUAAAAUCAUACAGAAGAUUUGGUUUC